UGUAGCCUCUUUCAGGAAAGGGAAGGGAAGUUAGGGCAUGGUUUAACGUUGGUGUAUGUUGCACUCAACCAACGGCAAGUGGUCUAUGAGAGCCAGUCGUCCUUCGUGUGGCAUUCUACCAUACAUAUUAAAAAUGCCGCUCCCGCUUGGCCCGUUGGAGACAGGGAAGAGAUGAGAUAUCUGACGGCAGCUACGCUAUCAUUCCGCCAAUAAGUCUCUUGGCCUCCGUCUGAACCCUGCAACAAGGCCGACAUCCUCAAUUAUCUCCGUGUGCCGUUCAGGAGAUCGUCUUCGGUAAACCAAAACCGAAGAGGGUACAGUACAUAUUGAAGCCCCGCGUGCCCCGCGCUUGAUGAGAGCGGGGUCUCGAAUGCCCCCAAGCAGAGCGGUGCGUGGAAAGGACGGAAGACAUGCCGCAAGAAAGACCGGCACGGCACACUGUCGUCCAGUCAGCGAUGCGGCUGGCGUUGCUGCUGCUGCUGUUCCUGCUCCUGCUCCCUUUCGUCACACAUUCUCGAUUGCAAGUGGAGAGAUCUCAAUCUUGCUCCAACUGCAGAGACAACAGACCCGAAUUGCCAGCCUGUGUGCGGCACGGGCAUCGGAAUGGUCAGGGCACACUCAUUGUGGUCCUCGUCAUUGGACCGUUCGUCACCAGACCUCCUCCUUCCCUCUGCCAUGGAUAUGCCAAGUUGCAACAGCCGCCUGCAGCAGCAGCAGCAUCUCAGUGGGGCUCCCUAAGGCCGCUUUGCGUGCCGGAAGGACGAAUCCUCCUCCAACUAUUCCAGCUUUCAUGCUCUCAAUGGACCAAUUUCUCAUCGGUGAGGGUCCCCAUUCCGCGGCAGCCACCAAGACUCACCUCAAGUCGCCGGUGGCCAGGGCUGCCCGUCCUCCAAUCAGUAUCAGUACUUGCAAGUGCUGCCAAAUUAGUCUGGAGAAGAACCUAUUACAGUACAGUUCGUGGACGCGAAUAACGCGGAAACGAGGCCCAAUCUUGAGCAACGCCGCUUCGGACGACAGCAUGUGA